UUGAGGCACACAUGUAUACUGACUGAGCUCUCUGAUCACUACUGCAGCAAACACACACACACAGUGCGACUUACUGAAAAGAAACUGUAAGAAUGUCCCAAUGGCAUCAACUCCAUCAACUAGAUACACAGCUCCUAGAAAAAGUGGACCAGUUGUAUGAUGAUACCUUUCCCAUGGAGGUCCGUCAAUUCCUAGCCGUUUGGCUGGAAAACCAGGAUUGGGAUCUAGCCUCGAAUAAUGAUUCACUGGCCACCCUUCUCUUCCAUAACUUAUUAAAACAAAUAGAUGAUCAGUACAGCCGUUUCUUCCUAGAGAAGAACUUCCUUCUUCAGCACAAUCUGAAAAGAAUUAAACAAAACCUUCAGGUGCAAUAUCUUGGAAAUCCAUUGCAUAUGGCAUCAGUUAUAGCAAAUUGCCUCAGGGAAGAACGGAGGAUUCUCACAACAGUCAACACACCUGAACAGGAGCAUGAAGAAAAAUUAUUGCAGAACUCAAUGAUUUCGGAAAGACAAAGAAGUUUGGAACAUCGAAUGACUGCCAUAAAGACCAAUACACAGUUUGUGGAACAAGAUGUAAAAUAUCUUGAGGACCUGCAGGAUGAGUUUGAUUUCAGAUAUAAGACACUACAGACACAAGAACACAGUGAUAGGAACAGUGUUCAUAUGAAGGAAGAGGUUUUUCGGUUGCAAGGCAUGCUCAAUCAGCUGGAUCAUAAACGAAAGGAGGUACUCCAUAAAAUCACAGAGUUGUUAAACCAAAUGGAUUUUCUAAUGAACAGACAACUGUUUGAAGAGCUAACAGAAUGGAAACGACGACAGCAAAUUGCCUGCAUAGGAGGUCCACACAACACCUGCCUUGAUCAACUGCAGAACUGGUUUACAUUGUUCGCAGAGAGCUUAUUUCAGGUCAGAAGACAGCUGAAAAAGCUAGAGGAACUGCUGCAGAAAGUGACCUAUGAAGGAGAUCCAAUGCCUCUGCAAAGACCUCAUUUGGAGGAAAGAGUGAAUAUUUUGAUUUACAGUUUCAUCAAAAGUUCUUUUGUGGUGGAGAGACAGCCUUGCAUGCCAACCCAUCCACAGAGAGCGAUGGUCCUAAAAACAGGAGUGCAAUUCACUGUUAAGAUAAGAUUUUUAGUGAAAUUACCCGAAUUGAACUAUCAGCUAAAAGUGAAAGCUACAAUUGACAAGGAGAGUUCAACAGCAAGAGGAUAUCGCAAAUUUAAUAUAUUAGGCACUAAUACCAAAGUAAUGAAUAUGGAAGAAUCAGUCAAUGGGAGUCUCUCUGUGGAAUUCAGACACUUGCAACUUAAAGAACAGAAGUCAUCGGCAGGAACUAAAGGAAAUGAGGGUCCCCUCAUUGUCACAGAGGAGCUCCAUUCAAUAAAUUUUGAAACACAGUUUUGUCAUCAAGAUCUAAUCAUAGAUUUAGAGACAAGUUCUUUGCCUGUGGUGGUCAUCUCAAAUGUAAGCCAGCUGCCCAGUGGCUGGGCUUCCGUGAUAUGGUACAAUAUGUUAAUGAAUGAUCCCAAGAAUUUGACUUUGUUCACCAACCCUCCCACUGCCACUUGGAGUCAGCUCUCGGAGGUGCUGAGUUGGCAGUUCUCCUCUUAUGUGGGACGAGGUCUGAAUUCUGACCAGCUCAGCAUGUUGGCAGAGAAGCUGCUAGGACAGCAACUGAAUUACAAUGAUUGCCACAUUUCCUGGAAUAAAUUCUGUAAGGAGAAUUUGCCAAACAGAUUCAGUUUCUGGUUGUGGUUAGAUGGAAUCCUGGAGCUCAUCAAGAAGCACCUUUUGACUUUGUGGAUUGAUGGAUACAUUGUGGGAUUUGUGAGUAAGGAGAAGGAACGUACUUUACUGAAAGAUAAACCAUCUGGCACAUUUUUAUUGCGGUUCAGUGAAAGCAGCAGGGAUGGUGCCAUUACCUUUACCUGGGUGGAUCGAUCUGAAAACGGGGAAAUGAAAUUUCACUCAGUGGAACCUUAUUCCAAGAGCCAGUUGUUAGCAGUUCCUUUGCCUGAUAUUAUCCGUGACUACAAAGUAAUGGUGGCUGAGAAUAUUCCAGAGAACCCACUACAGUACUUAUAUCCUGAUAUUCCAAAGGAUAAAGCUUUUGGGAAGCAUUACAAUAAUAAGCCAAAAGAAGUUUCUGAACCUACGGAGACAGAGAAAAAAGGCUACAUUUCCUCAAGGUUUAUCCCAUUCUCUGAAUUUCCAAAUGCUUCCACGGCUCCGGUUUCUUCAUCGGACUUACUUCCAAUGUCACCAGGAGUAUAUGCUGAACUGAAACAGCAGCUGAGUCCAGCAGAAAUCGAGACCGCUGUUUGUUUUGAAGCAAUGAUUUGAUUUGAAGCUGAUCUGCAGAACUCUAUUCACAAUAUCUCAUAUGGCCAAUUCCAUAUAACCUACACAUUUUUGAUAGUAUUUAAUAUCAAGGGAAGUCAAAGAUUUUUUCUAUAACAGAGUAUUGUGGAAAAUUAAGCAAGACUAUGAAUUGAACAUAUAAUAAUGCAAAUUUCUGCAACUGCGGUUGUAGAUAUGCAUUCCAGAUUCAUACAGUGCAGUGACCAUUUAUCAGAUCCAAGUUGCAGUGGCAGCUACACUUGCUGUGGUUGUCUUGAGCCCAACACAAGGAGGUCUAUGCAUAACCAUUUGAAUACAAGGCCAGAACUCCACACCAUCCAAGGCCACUUUUUAGUAUUAUGAGAGAGCAAAGGGCAAUGUUGACCACAAGGUUGCAAAAUAAUAUCUUUAUGUAGCAAUAAUCUUUACAGUAACAUUGAAUCUUUCAUUUAAUCAACACAUUUGUGAUGUGGUCAUCAACUGUAACAACAGAAUCUCAUUAAAGGUUCUAAAAUUACGAUUGGGCUAGGAGAAAAUAGAGGUUUAUCUUAUUCUGUGCCCUAUUUUUAUAUCAAGGGAUAGUGAACUGAGUGUAGAAAUAAAAUCAGAAAUGUUGUUCUGGGCUGCUUCUACCCCAUAAUUAAAGUUCUAACGGAAUCCAUUAUUUAAAAGGAUAUUUGAGGCUUGUUUAGUGCUAUACUCAUACUUGGCAUAUUUGAUUGAAAGCCUUUCUUCUGCAUGUUAACAUUUGCAGAUUGCAGUAGAUUUGGAUAGUGACCUUGAAAAGGAUGGUACAACAGUACUUUCCCCUGUUACAUUUCUGAUCUGUUUUGUUUAUUUAGUAUGUUUUUUUAAAAGUUAUGUUUUUAUUCGCAACAGUAUUUUAACUUAUUGUACCGCUGAAAUGGAACUUUCUUAACUAAAUGCAUGAAUAUCUAAGAUCAUAUGAAAUGUGCAGGUCACUUUUGUUUAUGAUUCAAAUCCAGAG